AUGGAGGGGAAACUUGAGUCGAUGAGCACUGCGAGACUUCGUGACUUGAUCGUUGCCGUGCGACGGUGCCGCACCUCCGCCGAGGAGAGAGCGCUCAUCAAACGGGAGUGCGCCAUCAUUCGCGAGUCAUUCCGGGAGAGCAGAGCGUCACUUCGCACACGCAACAUGCUGAAGUUGCUGUACAUCACCAUGCUUGGCUAUCCGACGGAGUUUGGACAGGUGGAGGUGGUGAGUCUUCUCGCUCAGACCGAAUACGCCGGCAAACGCGUCGGCUACCUCACACUGCAGAUGAUCCUUGAUGAAAAUGACGAGGUUCUCACAUUGUCUGAGAAUCACAUAAAAAAGGAUUUAGCGCACGAGAAGCCCCUCAUUCAAUCUAUGGCAUUGAACGCGGUGGCAAAUAUUGCGAGUGAGGUGAUGGCACGUGACAUGCUGGAUGAAAUAAGCCGGCUGGCACUCUCUUCAAACACGUACCUGGCAAAGAAAGCAUGCUUGGCGGCAAUUAGGAUUGUACGAAAAGUACCAGAGUAUGCCGAGGUGUUUUUGGAGUUGUUUACAAGCUUGUUUAUUGAUCACAGUCCGGCGGAGAUGCUUUCGGCGGUCACGCUUGUGAAUGAAUGCUUGCGGUUGCCACAGGGAGAGCCAUUUCUUUCCAAAUACCGUGUGAUGGCUAAUGCUGCUGUUCGCGUACUGAAACAGUUAGUCUUAUCAUCGCGUGUGACGGACCAGGAUGUUCUUGGGGUCACGGAUCCAUUUCUUCAGGUGAAGAUUCUGGAGUUUAUGCGAAUUAUUGGCAAAGGCAGCGCCGUUACCUCCGAGGCGUUGAACGACGUGUUGGCGCAGGUUCUCACCAACACGGACGCUACUCGCAACGUCGGUUGCUCCAUUCAGUACGAAUGCGUGAAAACGAUUUACGCCAUCGAGGGUGACGAGGGACUUCGUACGUUAGGAAUCAACACCAUCAGCCGUUUUCUGUCGUCGAACGAUAACAAUCAGCGUUUUGUGGCGCUACAGUCACUUCUGGACUACGCUUCCCGCGAUGCAGAUGCGGUUCGUGAGCAUCAGGACAUUAUUUUGGAUUGUCUUAAAGAUGUGGAUAUCUCAAUUCGUCGACGUGCACUUGAUCUGACGGUGGCGCUUGUCACUGAAAACAAUCUGCGUUUGUUGGUUCCGGACUUGGUUUCCUACCUGACCAUUUCUACGGAGGAGAUGCGGGAGGAUGUGACCCUUCAUUUAUGCCGCAUUAUAGAGAACAAAUCCCCCAGUACGGAGUGGCGCGUGGAGUAUUCGCUACGGGUUUUGCGAUUAGCGAAGCGGUUUGCCCCUGUGGAAUUCGCCACUCGUCUUAUAACUCUGCUCUCGAAUGAAUCUACGGAAAUACAAACCUCGGCGGUUGUCUCCAUGUGGGAUGAGGCUUCUUACCCAUUUGAUGCUCUUCAUCAAUCUCGCAAGGCAUUUCUUGUGGCGGCGGUGUGGGGCAUCGGUGAAUACGUUGAUCUUUUGCUUGACGCAAAGGGAAUCCAGCCUGAGGAUGUAGCGAAAUGCGUUGCGGAAAUCACGACUAACACUGUAUUCAACAUAAUCAAAUGUUAUGGCCUUACUUCGCUUAUGAAAAUCGCCUCCAGGUAUCCGUCAGCGAAGCCAGUUGUUCUCCCCGUACUUUCCAACUACACCACAAGCUUGGAUUGCGAACUGCAGCAAAGGGCAUGUGAGUACAUGACACUGUUGGAAUCUUUUGUAGAGGAAGCGGCCUUUUGUUUUUCUCGAAUGCCGCCAAUUUGUCACGUGGAAGAGGAUGUUGAGGUGCAACCGGUGCCUCAGGUGAAUCUUCCACCCGAGUUUUUGCAGCAAAAGGCAGCCGUUGCGCUGGAAGAUUUAUUUGAAGUGAAUUCCAAACCGAUUGUGAUGACACAUCCUGUGGAGAACAAAAAUAGGGACAACGAAAACAACGUUGUAGCCAUAGAUGAUCUUUUUGGGUUAAAAACGGAUGCCUCUUCGAAUACCGCCCCUCUGCCGACUCCAUCGGGAGCUGCCACUUCUGCUGAAAUGGAGCCUGCGAAACCUCCUCCUGAAGUGCAUGUGUUUGAUUGUGAUGAUUUCACUGUCAGUGUGAGCGGCGUGGUGCAGGGAGCCAUCAACGCAAAUAUAAUUGUUUUUUCACGACUUCCUACCGCGAUGGAGAACCUCUCCAUCCAGGCAGCGGUGCCAAAGACAUCGAUGCUGAAUAUUGGCUUUCUGACGUCUACGGUGAUCCCCCCUUAUGGGCGCAUUGUUCAGCAGCUUAUUGUCGACAACUCCAAUAGCAACAAGAACCCUCGCCUUCUGACACUUCGUGUGAAGCUACUCUACACAGUUGACGGGGCUCCACGCUCGCAGAUGUUUCAGGUGACGCAGGAGUUGUAA